AUUCGAACACCCUCUGUAAUUUCAAUUCCUGGGGAAAACACUAAAGGUCUGUCUCUUACAAUCCCCCAAAUCUUAUUAGUGGCAUUUUCAUUGUGUUCAGAUCCUUUGGGGGUAUGGUAUAAAACAUGUUAAUGUAAGGAAAAAAUAAACAGGUUACUCUGUUGUCUGUUAUUGUGUAAGAAGGUUACAGGUUCCUGAGUGAUUUUUUUUCCAGUCUUCCAGUUUCACUUGCGUGGUCUGUUUUAGGUUAGCAAACAUCAUGUGAGCAGUUAGCAAAAUCACAGAUAACAAAACUCUUCCCAAAGCCAAAGACUACUUAUUUUCUAAUUUCCCCUUUUCCCUUUGCCCUGAUCAUCUCUGGUGUAUAGUUGAGAUUCUGUGCAUCUCUGGCUGUAGAUUUCCUGUUGCCUGUUGGAAUUCCCCCUCUGUGGGGCCCCAGUUGAGUUUGAAUGGUUAUGUAAGGAGUUUUGUUUUAUUCUGGUCUGCGCCUCUGCUGCUGUUAGUUGAAAUGGAUUUCAGGCAGAGUGAAUGGGAUCAGAUCUGAGCAGCGUGCAACUUUGCUGCUCAAGCCACCAGAGAGAGAAGAGACGCCUGCCCACAUACACACACACACCUCACUUACAUGCUCUUCUUCUGCCUUUUAAAACCUUCCCCUUUCUCAAGAGUGGCUGGAGUUACUGCCUCUGAUUUAGCACAUGUGCUGAUCCCAAGCUAACAGGACAGAACAGUUCUGGUGAUUGGUUCCUAGCUAUCCAGUGCCUACCUUACGCUGGGCUGUGCAGUUUGAGUAUCUGAGCAAGGGAGGGAGAUAGUGACACUUCUACUGAGGCUAGAAACCAGUCAUAUUUAACCAGUAUUAGAACAGUGACCCCACUCAGCCACAGCUGAGUUCUGGAGGAUAUAUGCUCACAGAUUCCCACACACCGGGCUUGUGGAACAGAGCACUAAGUGCUAUUUACCAAAGUUAUUUUCAGGAAUAUGAAGCACCAGGAUUUUACUUAGCCUGUGUUCCACCCUGGACUACUUUGUCACAGGGCAUUUUCCCAGUUACACAUUCACAAAGCUAGCAGAGCUUCUUUAGUGCUUACUGUGCUCCUGGCAGAGAUAACAAACUGUUGGGAGUGACUAAAAACUUUUGGCCUGAGGACCCUGAGACUAGAAUAGCUGAGGAGGCUGAUAACUUCUUGCCAUAUUGACCUGCCUCUGAAACGCUGAACCAGCUACUCGGUCACUGACAGAGAUCUUGCCUCAGUCAGCAGAGUACAGUGAGCAGCAUGUUACUCUUGGAUGAGUCUCAGCAGUUUCCAGACCAGCCCCAGGAAGAUGUAUUCAGCAGUGACCAUGUUCAGCAUGGGGAGGAUGGGGAAUGGCAACGCUCUACUUCAACUACCUCAUCUCAGAGCGAGCGGGCGGAGCGACUCUUGCAGAACCAGCACAAGAGCCUGGCCUCUGAGGACACCAAAAAGAAGAGGGCUCAGAAACCUUCUCACAUGAGGAGGAACAUAAGAAAGCUGCUGCGGGAGGAUCAGCUUGAGGCUGUGACAAAAGCAGCCCAGCUGGAAGAGUUGGAGAGAAGGAAAAGGCUGGAGCAGCAGCGAAAGGAUUAUCCGGCAGCCAUCCCCACUGUACCGCUAGAGUUUCUUCCAGAAGAAAUAGUUUUAAGAACAGCAGAGGCCACUCAGCUUCCACCUCAAGUCCUAGCUGAGGAAGUGAUCUGCUUGGAUAGCACCAGCAGUGGCAGUGAAGAUGACACGAAAGGCAUACUACAUAGCAUUAAAGAUGAAGUAAUCGAAUUGAGUUCAGGAGAGGAUGAGGCCCUCCAGAUUGUGGACAGCAGCGACUCUGCCAACGAGGGGGAAGAUGGGGAUGGUACUGAAGAGAGCAGUGGCUCUCAUGUGAAUGACGCCUUAAAUCAGUCGGAUUCUCUGGGGCAGGUCAUUGUCAACAUCAACCAUCCACCCAAUGAAGAGGACAUUUUCCUGGCUCCGCAGCUUGCACGGGCAGUAAAGCCUCACCAGAUUGGUGGGAUCCGGUUCCUGUAUGAUAAUCUGGUGGAAUCCCUGGAGAGAUUUAAAAGCAGCAGUGGGUUUGGGUGUAUCUUGGCCCAUAGCAUGGGGCUCGGCAAGACCAUCCAGGUCAUCUCUUUCUUGGAUGUACUUUUCCGGCACACGGAGGCAAAGACUGUCCUUGCCAUUGUACCUGUAAACACUCUCCAGAACUGGCUGGCAGAAUUCAACAUGUGGCUCCCCGCACCUGAAACCCUCCCUGCUGAUUAUAACCCAAAAGAAAUUCAGCCACGCUUCUUCAAAGUCCAUAUCCUGAAUGAUGAACACAAGACGACUGCUGCCCGUGCAAAGGUGGUGACUGACUGGGUGACGGAUGGCGGGGUGCUGCUGAUGGGCUAUGAGAUGUACCGUCUCCUCUCACUGAAGAAGUCCUUUGCCACUGGCAGGAAGAAGAAAACAAAGAAACAAACUGGCCCUGUCAUUAUCGACUUAGAUGAGGAGGACCGGCAGCAGGAGCUUCUGAAAGGGAUCGAGAAGGCUUUAUCCCGCCCUGGCCCAGAUGUAGUUAUCUGUGAUGAGGGACACCGGAUAAAGAAUUGCCAUGCCAGCACCUCCCAGGCCCUGAAGAACAUCCGCUCCAGGCGGCGGGUGGUACUGACAGGCUACCCGCUCCAGAACAACCUGAUUGAGUACUGGUGCAUGGUAGACUUUGUCCGUCCUGACUUCUUGGGUACGCGGCAGGAGUUCAGCAACAUGUUUGAGCGCCCCAUCCUGAACGGGCAGUGUAUUGACAGUACGCCUCAGGAUGUCCGUCUCAUGAGGUACCGCAGUCAUGUCCUGCAUAGUCUGCUGGAGGGGUUUGUGCAGAGGAGAGGCCAUAACGUACUAAAGGCUCAGCUUCCCUAUAAAGAAGAACAUGUCAUUCUGGUACGUCUGUCAAAAAUCCAACGGGCUCUCUACACAGAGUUCAUGAACCGGUUCCGGGAUGCAGGCAACAGUGGCUGGCUGGGAUUGAACCCACUCAAGGCUUUCUGCGUCUGUUGUAAGAUCUGGAAUCACCCAGAUGUGCUGUAUGAGGCGCUGCAAAAAGAGAAUCUGGCAAAUGAGCAGGACCUGGAUGUGGAUGACCUUAGCACAGCUGGAACUAAUUCUCGCUGUCAGCCACAGGGAAUAAAAGUCAAAACAGAGGCCAAUGCUUUGGCAUCACCAGUUGGAGAAGCUACCAACAGCAAGUUCCUUCAGGGCAUUGGCUUCAACCCCUUUCAGGAGAGAGCAAAUCAAGUAGUUACUUACGAGUGGGCCAAGGACAUCUUGUGUGAUUACCAAACAGGAGUUUUGGAGAACUCGCCCAAGAUGGUGUUACUGUUCCACCUGAUUGAGGAAAGCGUGAAGCAUGGAGACAAGAUCUUGGUCUUCAGCCAGAGUCUGUCCACAUUGUCUGUCAUUGAGGAGUUCUUGGCCAAGAGACCAAUGCCCAAUCCUUCAGGCUCAGAUGUGCAAGGCGUUCAUAACUGGGUCCGAAAUCUCAACUAUUACAGACUGGAUGGCAGCACUUCUGCCUCAGAAAGGGAACGAUUGAUUAACCAGUUCAAUGACCCCAGCAACAGCUCUGUUUGGCUCUUCCUUUUGUCCACACGAGCUGGGUGUUUGGGUGUCAACCUGAUUGGAGCAAACAGAGUGGUGGUGUUUGAUGCUUCUUGGAACCCGUGCCAUGACGCACAAGCAGUGUGCCGGGUGUACCGCUACGGACAAAGGAAGCCAUGCCACAUUUACCGACUGGUUUCGGAUUACACCCUGGAGAAGAAAAUCUAUGAUCGCCAGGUCUCCAAGCAGGGGAUGUCAGAUCGUGUUGUGGAUGAUCUGAAUCCAGUGCUGAACUUCACCCGGAGGGAGGUGGAGAACCUGCUGCACUUCGUAGAAGAGGAGUCGGAUCCUGCCCAGCUGGCAUUGGACCCAAACAAGAUGAAGGAGUCUGUCUUACAGCUAGCCUGUCACAAAUACCCUCACCUUAUCACCAAGGAGCCUUUCCAGCAUGAGUCGCUGCUGAUUGACCGGAAGGAGCACAAGUUGACCAAGGCAGAGAAGAAGGCAGCAAAGAAGAGCUAUGAGGAAGAGAAGCGAGCAUCCGUCCCCUACACCCGUCCAUCCUAUGCACAGUAUUAUCCAGCCAGUGACCAGAGCCUGACAAACAUCCCUGCCUUCAGUCAAAGGAAUUGGCGACCAGUCUUCAAGGGCGAGGACAAGCCAGUGGCAAGCGUCCGCCCUGUUCAGUCCACUCCCAUUCCUAUGAUGCCUCGGCAUGUCCCGUUGGGUGGCGUGGGAUCGGCAUCUGGUUCCAACCCUGCUGUCAGCUUCCCCAUCAACUAUCUGCAGCGAGCUGGUGUCCUUGUUCAGAAGAUUGUCACCACAACAGAUAUUGUGAUUCCAGGCACAAACACAUCCACCGAUGUGCAGGCGAGAAUCAGUGCUGGUGAGAGCAUCCACAUAAUUCGGGGGACUAAAGGGACAUACAUCCGCACCAGCGAUGGGCGGAUUUUUGCUAUCCGGACCACUGGGAAGCCAAAGGGCGGUGAAGACCGUCGAACAGCUGCCUCAGGCUCUCAGGGUCCGUCUCUGGAAUCCACAAGCAAUGGCAGACACAGUGCCUCGUCGCCCAAGCUCCCUAACACAGAGGAGCUCACUUGGCCCAUUUCCCCUGACAGCCCGGAGAUCAUCAGCGAACUGCAGCAGUAUGCCGAGGCAGCCGCUGCCCGGGAGUCUCGCCACAACUCCCCCAGCACUAACACUGUGCACGGACACCCUGCCCGGACAGACAAUGCGGCCACCUUAGCAGCCCGGGGAGCUGAGCAGCGAUUGGGCCUCCAUUGCUUGGCUCCGUCGGUUUCUUCAGCCCUGCCAGCCACCAGCCAACAUGUCGAUGGUCACUCAGUGCUGGACUUACGGGGCAACAAGCGCAAGUCGACCUCGCCUUCUGUCCCGGAGGAACCAGCCCGUCGGCAGCAGAAAAAGCGCCACCUGCCAACGUCUGUUCAGUCGUACGAACACGGGUACCCAGUCUCUGGUGGGUUCACCAUGCCCCCUGUUUCUUUAAACCACAACCUAACCCAUCCAUUUGCCCCCCAAGCAGGAAACUCCGUGUACAUGGGCUCAUCCUAUUACCAGCUGCCCAAUUUACUACCAGACCCUCAGCUGGUGUUCCCUGUGACUACUGACCCUCUGCUAACAGCCGGCACCGCCAGCUCCUCUGCUGCUACCUCAGCCACCGCCAGCAUCCCCUCGUUCAUGCUAAACCCCUCUGUGACGGGGAUGCUGCCCAGCUACUCACUUCCCUUCACGCAGUCACUCCUGCCUGAGCCCAGGAUGUUUGCUCCUUUCCCAUCCCCAGUUUUGCCUAGCAGCCUUCCCAGGAGCAUGGCGUCUGCCUACCCUGGCUACAUGUCCCCUCAUUCGGGCUACCCGGCCGGGGGCCUCCUGCGGUCCCAGGUGCCUCAGUUUGAAUCCCAGGAGGCCUCAGAGGUGGGAUGCAGCUCCAAUGAUGAUGAGGACAAAGACGACGAUGUAAUAGAGAUCACAGGGAAAUAAUGGGUCCGGUUCCUGUUAGAUCUCAGCUUAGCCAGGAGGCAAAAGUUUCAGGACCUCUCUGGAGUCAGGAUUUCACCUCUGAGCUAUGGCAGCAGGGCUGGAGGAGGAGACGUUUUUAGAUGUCAAGGAUCUGCAUUGUAUU